AUGAACGUCUUCAAGAAGAAGCCGAAGGCGAAGGAUGACUCUUUCAUGAUUCCUCCAGCCCAGCCCAUAACCGCUCCGCCUCCAUCCAAAAUAUCCCGCAGUUUAAAGCGCAAGCAGAAGCAGGCCGAACAACCCAAGCUUGAGGUUGAUCUAACCACCGCCCUUCCCGAGACCAAUGACUUCCGAACGAGCUUGUUGAUGCCAGGCCUCUCCGCUCGCUUCAGCAUGCUUCGAGAGCAAGAUGAUCCUAACACCAAACUCGGCAAAGCAAGUGAUGAUAGUGUCUUAUUCCCAAAACGAGCCUCCCGACUGAAUUUGUUCUCCCACAACCCUCUUACAGAAAUAUCCGAGACUGAGUCUAUUCACCUUCCCUAUCGCCCGCCCUUCUCCGAGCCAGAACGUUCGCAGUCCUUCUCCGAAAGUGGCACUUAUGCGAACGAUGAUACCAACCUCCUGAACAGGUCAAGACCAACAGAGGGCAACAAUCUCUUCGGAGGUCGACAGAAGAUGUAUCGCGUGCCAAACGCCACCUCGUCCAAUAGAGAGCUAGGCAAUGAACCCGUCACGCUCGCUGUCGGCAAGCACGUAUAUCAAAAGGACGUUGUAUCCUCGACCUACCAGCAGUACCGUGCGAAAGCCAGAGAAGAGUCUCGCGAACGCCCUCUUAGUUCCGAAACCGAAGAACAUGAGAACAGUAGCCUGGUCAACACUCCUUCGACUGGCUUCAGCAAGAGCCGUGGAACGGCUUCCUCCACUGCAUCGGGCCCAUCCAAUCGGCGCACUUCAACUGCUGCUACAUCCGUCACUUCGGACUCGCCGGCUCAGAGGCAGAGUAACACGAAUGGAGGCUUUCAUGCGCGCGGCCACGCCUCUGAUUAUAGUAGCGAAGAAAGCCUGUUGAAUCGCAACUUUUCAUCAGAUUCCCGGAAAGGGUUCCCCUUUAACGACCACGCCAACCAGCCACCACUCCCAAGCUCUCCCAUUGCAAACCGAAUGCUACCUCAAUCCGGUAGCGCUACAAACUUGGCUGAAAAGUUUGGCCGGGAGAAUGGCACUUUCUCAUCGAGCACACCCCGGCCACUGAGUCCACCACCAGCCGUCCAAAACCAAGCCCUUGCGUCGCUCGAUUUCGGACUAAAACAGCAAACCCACCACCCACGCAAAUAUCAAACGCCCGCCUUCACACAUGAAGAACAGGAAAUUGAUGUUUAUGAUCAAAGCCUCCGGCCGAACGACCGUGGGAAGGCUACAGCGAUGGGACUCUUUAAUCGACCUCGGCAACAAUUUGAUGAACACCAAUUUCAGCAGAGACAACUUCAAAUGCACGCUGGGCCCAUGUCACCUUCGUAUGCUGAGCAUCCCGUCCACGGAGCUGUGGCUCAACAGUACGACACUCCUCCUGCUCGCCCUAGAAGUCCUGCGUCUCCGAGCGUCAAAAGCUCUUCCAACGGCCCACAGUCCAGCAAUGUCUCUACUGCAGCCCGGUCACGGGCUCAGUCUGCCGCAUCUGCACAUGUCGUUCAGGUUACCUCGCAUGUAGAGGCUUUCAUCCAACGGCAAAACGAUGAGUAUUCAGCUCUGCAAGCUAGCAAAGCCGUACUCAGUAGUCCCCAAGCCCAAAAUGCACUGCCUGUGCAAAGCUUGACCGACCAGCCGGCCUCUCGAGGAACGUUCUUUGACACUUUUGAUGGUAGUGACGAGGACGACGCAGAUAUGGAUAGCCCCAUGUUGGGUCGAUAUGAGCCACCUCCACGUUUAGCACCUAUGGAAGUCCAUCCAGCGCUGCGCGACAACUCUCAAGCCUUCAUUUUCGGGGAUCAAAUGCCUGCUCCUCUUAAGGCUGCUAGGCCAGACUCGACUGCUUCGGUUGAUACGUCGUCCCCAUCUGUCAUCCAUGAUACGCCGGACACAUCGGAUUCACUUCAUCAGUCUUCGCCUAUCAAAGACACCGACUCACCCACCCUAGGUCCAACCACCGGUCUUGGUUUGAGUGGAUUGAUUCGAACUCAUCUGAGGAAUGACAGCGAUCGCUCCUCAUUCAUGCCCCCACCUUCGCCUGUCAUCUCGCGGCAUCGGGAACCUGGUCCUGAUGCCUUCCGACAACGGGAGACUUCCAUCGCUUCGACCACUCGCACAAUUAACCCACCCGAGAGCACACACAGCGAUCCCUGGGAAUUUGACAACGCUCAUCGCACCCAAAGAGGCACAGGAGACUACACCCCAACCGACAAUGUCCCUACAAUGUCCCAGAAGGCACAGCAAAUUCUUGGUCAGGCCGUCUCUCAUCGAAACCAAGCUACAAGCAAAGCCCAACAAAUACUUGGGAAUGAUGCUCCUGCUAUGAACGAUCAUCACAACAACCCCCGGCCAUGGCACCCUGAUGUCGCGCAGGGCCAUCAACGCGGAGAGAGUACAGAAACUCAGAAGGAAUUUGGCAAUGAGCUUGCAGAACGGGCGAGAAGAAUUCAGGAAGGCUUCAAGGGCGCAGACGUGGAAAAGCGAUCUAGAAGCCCAGGACCUCAGAGAAGUGAUCGCCAGAACCCAGCAGCACACGCCCUUCACGCUUUGCGGCAGAAAUCAAGCAAGACAUCAUUGGUACCGCGUGGAAACGAGCCUCAACCUAAGGCUAUGAAGAUGCUUGGUAUUGGCAAUAAUACUCCCCGAAUGGAUAUGCCUGGGAGAUCUCCGAAUAUGGGCGCAAGGGAUGAACAUCAUGUUGACCAAGCUUAUGAUGACCGCGGAAGCCAUUACACCCCAAGACAACGCCCCGCUGAGUUUGAGUCUUCGAAUGGGCGACGGACCCCUGCUUACGGACGACCGCCUCCACCAAUGCAGAUGAACGGCUCGCAAGAAGAGUUUGAACGCUCCCGACAACGGGCCGCAACUCCUACCUCUGGACGACCCCCACCGAGGCACAGAGCCGAGUCCGAGGUCGGUGAACGUUCUCGAAGUAGGAUGGGUCGUGAUAGGGAUGAACCUCCUUAUCAUCAAGCCGACUAUGGGAGACACGGUCCCCAGCAGCGCCCACCUCCCCACUGGGACCAGAGACGGCCACGAGGACCGCCGCCAGUCCACCCACAUGGUCCCCCAAUGGAAUACCGCGACUAUGAGAGAUCCUCUUCAGCCAUGUCCAAUCGCCGCCCAAGCAAUCCAACCAAUGCUCGACCUCCUCCAUCGGGUUACUUCGAUAGCCGAUCAGCAACGCCAACCAUGGGAAGUACACCCACUUUGAGAAGUGGCCCAAUGCCUACUGGAGGCCCCAGGCCAUCUCCUCGACCCCCUUUCCCACAUUCACCGAUGACACCGAUGAGCCCCUUCCAGCCAGGCUUGUCUCCCGGAUUCUCUGCACCUCCCAGAGAACCCCCAUCUGUAGCCAUCUCUGCCCUGCCAUCGCCUGUAUCGCAGAUGCAUCCUCCUUCAACAGGUCGUUCCACCCCUGUGCUUGAAAAUCGGCCCACAACUGUCUCUGCUCGCAAAAAGUCUGUCACCAAGGGUAUGAUUUCUGAGCCAACUUUCAUUUCCAGUACGUCGUCGGUCCCUCUUGUUGGGCUCCCCAUCAGCCCACGACCUGGGCAGAUUGCAACUCCACCAGUUCCAGCAAUGAAUCCCAGUCGCCGUCGAGGAAAUACUAUGUCAGAGAAGCCAGAUGCCUUUCCAAGCCCGCGGCUACCAGGAUCACCUAUGAUGCCGGAGUCAGGAAGAGAGCCGCCCUACAUCGACCAGCAACGAGCUCCAUCCCGUCCACGCAAUAGGUUGAGAAAGAUUAGUAGUGAGGGAGGAGGUAUGGCUGCCAGGGCCCGAACUCAAGCCAUUAUGGCUGAGUUCGGCCGUGAGAAACUUCGAAGUCCCGCUGUACAAGUCUUUCCUAACCGAAGUGCAACCUCUUUGGGUCUACACCAGGACGGCGGGAUGUUCUAG